UUGAUCACUGGGCUGGUGAACGUAAUAGCUGUCCCAGUCAGAAAAGGAGAAAGGAAAUUAGCAGGAAGAUUGGUGGAAAAUGAUAUCUGUCAAAAGAAACACUUGGAGAGCACUGAGUUUAGUAAUAGGUGACUGCCGGAAAAAAGGGAACUUUGAAUUUUGCCAAGAUCGCAUUGAGAAGCAUUCCACAAUGCCAGAUUCACCUGUGGAUGUGAAGACACAAUCCAGGCUGACCCCUCCAACAAUGCCUCCUCCCCCAACAACCCAAGGAGCCCCAAGAACCAGUUCUUUCACACCCACAACAUUAACUAACGGCACGAGCCAUUCACCAACAGCUUUGAAUGGGGCUCCUUCCCCACCAAAUGGCUUUAGCAAUGGCCCAUCCUCCUCUUCCUCUUCGUCUUUGGCUAAUCAGCAACUACCACCAGCUUGUGGAGCUCGGCAGCUUAGCAAACUGAAGAGAUUUCUUACAACCUUACAGCAGUUUGGCAAUGACAUUUCACCAGAAAUUGGGGAGAGAGUGCGUACCCUUGUGCUAGGACUUGUGAACUCUACUUUGACAAUUGAAGAAUUUCAUUCCAAACUGCAAGAAGCCACUAACUUCCCACUGCGACCUUUUGUCAUCCCAUUUUUGAAGGCCAAUUUGCCCCUGCUACAGCGGGAGCUCCUACAUUGUGCAAGGCUAGCCAAGCAAAAUCCCGCCCAGUACCUCGCUCAGCAUGAGCAGCUGCUUCUGGAUGCCAGCACCACCUCACCUGUUGACUCCUCAGAGCUGCUUCUCGAUGUGAACGAAAACGGGAAGAGGCGAACUCCAGACAGAACCAAAGAAAAUGGCUUUGACAGAGAGCCUUUGCACUCAGAGCAUCCAAGCAAGCGGCCGUGCACUAUUAGCCCAGGCCAGCGGUACAGUCCAAAUAACAGCUUGUCUUACCAGCCUAAUGGUCUGCCUCACCCUACUCCGCCUCCACCUCAGCAUUACCGUUUGGAUGAUAUGGCCAUUGCCCACCACUACAGGGACUCCUACAGACACCCCAACCACAGGGACCUCAGGGACAGAAACAGACCUAUGGGGUUGCAUGGGACACGACAAGAAGAAAUGAUUGAUCAUAGGCUAACAGAUAGAGAAUGGGCUGAAGAAUGGAAACACCUUGACCAUCUCUUAAACUGCAUCAUGGACAUGGUAGAAAAAACAAGGCGAUCUCUCACUGUGCUACGGCGAUGUCAAGAAGCUGAUCGGGAAGAACUUAAUUACUGGAUACGGCGAUACAGCGAUGCAGAAGAUUUAAAAAAAGGCAACGGUAGCAAUCAUUCCAGGCAGCAGAGUCCAGUGAACCCCGAUCCCAUCCCUUUAGACUCACAUCGGGAAUUCCUUCACAGGCCUGCUUCUGGAUAUGUGCCAGAGGAGAUCUGGAAGAAAGCUGAGGAAGCAGUCAAUGAAGUAAAACGGCAAGCAAUGACCGAGUUGCAGAAGGCAGUGUCAGAGGCAGAACGGAAAGCCCAUGAUAUGAUUACUUCAGAGAGAGCUAAAAUGGAGCGCACAGUGGCAGAGGCCAAGCGACAAGCUGCAGAGGAUGCACUAGCUGUGAUCAAUCAGCAAGAGGAUUCUAGUGAGAGUUGCUGGAACUGUGGCCGUAAAGCCAGCGAAACUUGCAGUGGCUGCAACACUGCACGUUACUGUGGCUCAUUCUGCCAACAUAAAGACUGGGAGAAACAUCACCACCUCUGUGGACAGACUCUACAGGCCCAGCCACAAGGGGAGACACCAGCAGUCAGCUCCUCCGCAACACCAAAUAGUGGAGCCGGGAGCCCCAUCGACACCCCACCAGCAGCUACUCCUAGGUCAAAUACCCCUGGAACUCCAAGCACCAUAGAGUCAACUCCUCGCUAAGACUGAACUUUAAAAUACUUAAAGACAAAUACAAAACAAAACAAAAUCCUCAUCCUCAGAUACUCAAAGGUUUCUACUGAACUUUCACAUUUCAAUAUUAUAAAAGAAAUUAUAUUGUAUCUUGAGGUAGAAGCAAAACCCAGAAGGCCAGUAUCGGGUCAUAAUGACUUAUUCUGGAUAACAAAGAUAUCUUUUCUUUAGGAAACAGAGAAGAUAGAACAUACACACAAUGAUAGAUUUGACCUCCUCCCUGUUAUUUUCCAGUAGCUGGGAUUUUAAACUAGGUGACCUCAUUAACACGAUGCUUUACCAAACAGCAAACCAAGAGAUUGCUAAUUGCUGUUGAAAGCAAAAAUGCUAAUAAUAUAAAGUCACAAUGUUCUUUGUAACAAAAAAUGGAUUUUUUUAAACUGCGAGAAAGAGAGAGAGAAUGAGAGAGAGAGAGAGAGAGAAAGUAAGUAAGUAAGAAAGAAAGAAAACAAACCCCCUCAUGGGCUUAAGCAUUGGAUAAAGCAGCAGACAUUUUAAUAAAAAGAUGAAUAGCGUCCGUGGGUUACUGACUUGAACUCUGAAGACCCGUAUCAAAAACACGCAGAUGUGCAGCAGAUUGGAAGGAGACACAGAUGUUCAUUUUUUUUUCUUGUUUCUGAAUGAAAUAAUAAUAUCCAGGUCAACAGAAUGAAAAAUGGAAGAUGAUUGCAGUGGGAUGAAGGACUUAAAAGAGCAGCAAAGGGAAAAAAAAUACCAUCACCACAAAGAUCUCCUUUUCUGUCCUUUGUUUCGUUUUUUGGUGGGGAUUUUUUUUUCUGUUUUGUUUUGUAUUUUUUUUUUUUUAGAACAGAAAUAAGAACACAGCCUGCAGUUAAUUAGCAUUUUGGCAGCUAUAAUAUCAACCAGCUGCCUCUAUCCUUCCCCCUCUCAAAAAGGAAAAAAAAAAAAGCUUCAAAAUUUCCUUCACUUUUUUUUUACAAGCUUCCACAGCGGAAGACCAUCGGGUCUGUUUCACCUUGUUCCUUUUUGUAUCAGCGAUGGUGACAAUGCAGUGACUCCAGCUCCAGCUCCCAUCCAAAUUCUUUCCAUCUCAUCCUGUCUGGGUUUUUAAUUUAAAAAAUAAAUAAAAAUAAGGAAAAAUAUAGUAGUUCUCUUGGUGUUUAAAGCACUUCUGUCCUGUGAGGUUUCCCAAUUGUGUUUUUUUUUCUUCCUUGUAAAUGUGUUGGGGCAAAUGUGAAAAUGCAUUGUAGUUAACUAUGCUCACAUUUAAGUCUUCUUUAUUACUAGUAGGUGAGAAACUUUCUAUGCUGCUUUUAUAUUUGUCUGUAGUAGUAAUAUUUCUCUAGAAGGUCAAAAGAAAAAGAAAAAAAAGAACCCCCCUCCUUUUUUCAUUUCUCCUGAAGAAAAGAAAAGGAAAAAAAGCUAUCUUUCGGAGCUGCUAUUUCACUCUCUUAUAGGGGGAAAAACAUUCUGAAAACUAGCAUGCUUCCUGGAAUGCUAACAUAUUGGUGUUUUUCUAAGAGGGAUGUACAUAAAUGUAUUUUGCACUGUCAUAAAUGACUCCUAGGCAUGCUUUUUUGGGGCAAACUCUUUUUAAAGAUGCUAGAGCCAUUUCACCGAAUUUAUCUGUAGGUUAGAAUAGUGGUGGGUUAUUUUU